AUGGAUUUGGAGGAACCACGCAUGGAGCGCUUUGCCCAACUUCGCCUUCCGAAUGGGCAAGUGGCCUGGUCACUAUGGCAAGAACAGAAAUGGGAGGAUAUUAAAGUACGAAGAGCUUGGAACAUAAAGCUUAACCUCGCAGGAGAAGUACAAUUUGCCGAAGUUCUUUACUAUUUUACCUUGAUCAGGAAGAACGUUCACUAUACCCUAGCUGCUGUGUGGAUGUUCUUGGCCCCAGAUCAGCAGAUACUAGACAACUCUCUCAGUGUUCUUUGGGUGUGCGAACAAGCAGAAACUGACACUAUCACUAUCAUUGAUGUUAAAUGGAUUAAUGGAGUUAUCGCUAUGAUACCAUUCCGACGUGCGGGUCUGGCCUGGGAUGAUGAGGGUGAUGUCUAUGAGUACUUUGUGCUGGAGAAAUUAUUCUGCAACUCUGUUGUCCCUGAUUAUGAUAGCAACCAGGAUGGUGAAAAUGUAUAG